UCGUAGGAUGUAAAACAUAGGAGACUCCAGGGAACGCCCGACCCGAGGGGCAUCCAGGACAGCGGGGAUGCGCGCCCCGCAGCUCUGCUCGGCGGCGGACGGCGCAGUGCGCACGCGCACCGCCCGCCGCUCCGCGCGUCCCCCGCCGGCUUCCCCCCCGCCCGCAGCGAGCCUCUCGCGCGGAGGCCCCUCCCCCGCCCCGAGCGGCCGGCCACCCCCUCGGGAGAGGGCGGUGGGGCGCAGGGAGCGUGCGCGCGGCCCGCCCCGGGCGCGGGCGGAGGGGAGAAGGAGGGGCGCGCGCGGCGGGUAACCCGCAGAAGCCGGGAGCCGCGCAGGAGGACGGAGUGCCCGCCGCCGCGGGGCCGAGCCGGAGACGGUUUCCUUCAUUCCAAGUCGUUUUAACGUCAGUGUCAAACGUGUCUAUGCUGAGUUCUCGUCUGAAAUCUGUCAUAUUGGUUGAAUGCAGCACAAGUUACCUGUCAUCUGUUGGCGGACAGCUGGGUCGUUUCUGGUCCGGGGCAGUUAUGAACAAGGCCUUCAGAUCUGAUUUGUAUCCACUGUGAUCAGCACUCUCAAUUAGGACUUUCCAGAUCCUGACCCAGGACUGCGGAGUAACCAGAUUCCUCACAAGAAGGAGACGGUGAUUUCGGAUUCCUUUGUGGAGGAAAACCAAACCCUCUGGUCUUGCUUCCAACGAUGCAGGUGUGAUUGCUGGCAUCUUCAUGAGCUCCAGAGGUCACAGCACACUUCCACGGACUCUCAUGGCCCCUCGGAUGAUUUCUGAGGGCGAUGUAGGAGGCAUCGCUCAGAUCACCUCCUCUCUCUUCCUGGGCAGGGGCAGUGUGGCCUCCAACCGGCACCUCCUGCAGGCUCGUGGCAUCACCUGCAUCGUUAAUGCUACCAUCGAGAUCCCCAAUUUCAACUGGCCCCAGUUUGAGUAUGUUAAAGUGCCUCUGGCUGACAUGCCUCAUGCCCCCAUUGGACUGUACUUUGACACGGUGGCUGACAAGAUCCACAGCGUGAGCAGGAAGCACGGGGCCACGCUGGUGCACUGUGCCGCAGGGGUGAGCCGCUCGGCCACUCUCUGCAUCGCUUACCUGAUGAAAUGCCACAGUGUGUGCCUGCUGGAGGCCUACAACUGGGUGAAGGCCCGCAGGCCCGUCAUCAGGCCCAACGUAGGCUUCUGGAGGCAGCUGAUAGACUACGAGCGCCAGCUCUUUGGGAAGUCGACAGUUAAAAUGGUACAGACGCCGUAUGGCGUAGUUCCAGACGUUUAUGAGAAAGAGUCCCGACACCUGAUGCCUUACUGGGGGAUAUAAAGCCACCAAAGCCUGCAUCAGCAGCCCCUUGAGCAGAACCAGCAUCUGCUACACACCGUCUGCUCCCCUCUUCACCUUUCUUUUCAAAUGGUUGACUUCUGGUUCUCCCUGAAGUGUUUUUUACACUGGGUGUUCAAGUUUAUUUUAAAAGCUAGGGAGGGAGGGGAAGAACAUGAGGGGAAUGCACACAUUGCUAGUAACAUUUUUAAAACUAACAAACAUUUUGGAAUAGUGUUUAUGAAAAUCUUUAACUGGCUUUUAAUCAUUUUUAACAAUUUGAACAGUUUAAUAAACUGUUUGGUUCUGCUGUAUUCUGAAUCCCAUGCCUUUAGGCAUCAUGGCAGGUGCGGGAGGAGCUCAGUGCAAAAAUCACUUUGGGUCCUGAUUAACCCUUUAGAGACCAGCUUUGCCCAAGGCUGCCGACCAAACCAAUGCUUAGGGACUAUUGAUACCAGCUUCAGUCUACUGGAUUAGCCCUACUCUUUCCUUUCCUAUUAUUUAGUGACUCUGUAAGUUAAAAACAUAAACCUUUAUUAUCUAGUUGUUAAGUAAUUAUAAUGAAAUCUGCUGCAAACACCCUCUUGGAAUCAUUGUGCCCCAGGACUAUAUUAGCAUUAUUUUUAAUAAAUAUACCUGCAUAACG